CAGUGCUUUUGUCUCGUGACCCUUGUCCCUUAGUUUGUAGACAGAUUUGGUGUAUGUGAGUUUUGGACUGUGCGCACUUUUGGUGAUUUUAGCAGAUGUGACCGGAAUACGUUUUUUUUUUCGUGUAUCAGCCAAUAACAGAAGGUGAAAUCCGUCAGGCCCUGUUGACCCUCCCGGUGCCCUCACCCAUAUAUAGUCGAGACGAGUACAGCAAGCCGGGACCGAAAUAACGAAUAGUGCGUAGUCUGUCCGUAGACUUAAUCGCGGUUCUCAACGGCGUCUCACUGACCAUUUCGGAAAGAUGUUUUUGCUGCUGGGCUUAUCUGUCAUGGUGCGACUAGGAGUCGGCGGUAUUCCUUCUUGCGAAUUCUUCCUAAACAGGCGAGUGUCUGGUGUUUUUCUCUAUGAUCGUCAUACUCGCUAUAAUCUCACAUUUGAUGAUGCAGCUGAUGCCUGUGAGAAGGAUUUUGGAGCUACAAUGGCUGACCGCCAUCAGUUGUAUGCUGCUUAUAAAGCAGGACUUGAAGAAUGCCGUGCUGGGUGGAUAUUGGGAGCGGAAGUUGCUUAUCCGAGGAUAACACAAAAUUGGAACUGUGGUCAGAAUGAAACUGGCAUUAUUACCUAUGGCAUUAGGAAAAAUCAAUCUGAAACAUGGGAUGUUUUUUGUUAUAAGGAAGAUGAUAACUGUACUGCAUAUGAAAGUAUAUAUCUGCAAUUUUUAAACCGGACCCAUCUAACAGACUCACUUGAUGAGAGCAUUAAAGCCAAAAAUGAGUUGGUCCAAAGAUUUUUAACAGGAGAAGAUUUGGACCAUAUCUCGGAAGAUAUAAGCCAUUCAAACGGAUCAUAUAUUUUUUCUCCAAUCAGCCAACAUAAGCAAAGCCCUUCAAUUUUUACAAACUCAUUCAUCCAAAAGAAAGAUGUAAUAAUGCCUACUUCUUCCAUUGCAGAAGAAGGUGACAUUACUACCACAAUUAUGGAGAUUCCUGAGAGUUCAUCACAGGAACAUCUGAAUAACUCCUAUAAAGAAGAGCAUAAGGAGAGUAGCUUGGAUGAAAACAGCACAAAACAUGAAAUCCUAACAACACUAUCAGAUUUGAAUAGUUUGCCAUCUAGAUUUCUGUAUAUCAACCGUUUGUUUCCCUUGCCCAAUGUGAAAAUUCUAAAAGUAGUAGCACCUACUGAAACAUCUACUUUAGAGGGCAAGCACACCCACAUGAAACCUGAAAGCACAACACUUUCUGACUCUAGCUAUGAAUCUUCAUGGAAGAGUACAGAUCAGUCUGAAGUGACUAGAUCUAACUUACCCUACAAAUUGACUUCACCAACAGAAAAAUCACUAUUAAGCUUGUUAUCGACACAGCAUCCUAAGAAACAUGUUGUUACAACUGUCACUCCUAUAUACCUUACAUUGAAAGAUCCAACACAAAGCAAAUAUUCUUUGAAUACAGAAGAGCCUGUUAUUAACUCAACAGAGACCACAUCAGUGGUCAAAGUAAAAAAUGUGACACUUACAUCCUUCAAAAGGAAUGACAUUGAUCAUGGUAACUUACUUGUCUUGAAAGGAAGAAAAGAAAAUAGCACUAGAUCUGAGACAAAGACAAGCAAACAUGCUUCCUUUAGCUUUACACCAAAGCCAGAACAAUUUAGUAAAAAUGGGUCCUAUGUUGAAAAUGAUUCUUCGAUAAGAAGGGAAAAUGUGUCUCUUGUUUUCAACCAAAGCACAAAUGCGAACAGAGCUUCCAGUUUUUUAUUUACAGCAAGGGAGAAAACUACAUUGCCUUAUGUCUCAAUUUUGCCAUUCACUAUUAGCAAAAUGAUUACUGAUGCUGAUGAUAGUUUAAUGACUGCUGAAAGUCUUAAGUCAGGUGAUAUAAGUAAUUACACGGAAUAUGGGAAAACUAGGAGCAAAGAUAAUAGUAUCCUGCACAUUUUCUCUCGUAAUAGGGAUGUUGAACUGCCAAUAAUUAGUGACAGAGAUAAGGCAGGGAAAAAUGUGUCAACCUCUGAAUCAAUGGAAAGACAUGAUAUGGGUUUUCCUGAAAUUUCAUUUUCCAGUCAAGAAUUUUCAUAUUUAAAAGAGAAUGCAAAUUUGACUGGAAAAGACAUAGAGAAUAAUGACAUUGUUAAAGAAAUCACAGCCACACCUCACCAGGUUUCUACUUUAUCUUUGGAUCCAACAAUGCCUCCUCAUGAGUCAUCAGCUACUUUAAGGGUACCACUGGCAACCUGGUCAGAAAGAAACGGUAAAAAGAGCAUGGACAUACAGACUUACGCAGUAGAUAGUUCCAAUUUAAGUACUACCAGUAUAUAUGAAACAAAGUCAACUCCAUCCACUGAUGUAAGCCCUAGUGCUAAAAGUGAAAUGACUGCACUAUUAGAUAAGUUUAGUUCAACUCCACCCAAUGACAUACAAGUAACAGAAACUACUGAGCAGUGGAAUAAAUACAAAUCCUCUCCAAUCACAUCUUCAUCUUCAAGUUCACAACCGAUAUACAACCCCACUCAGGCUUUGAAUUUAGGUUAUGUUGCAAAUGACGUAUCUACUCAGAUGAACAUAAAUUUGUCUAGUGUCUCCUCACACCUAUCAAGUACUUCACAUAUGUUGCCAGAUGCAUGUGGGAGUGUUUUGAGAGGUACAGAGGGGGAGUUUCAGAGCCCCGGAUUUCCACAGUCUUACCUGAGUGAUAUGGAAUGCACUUGGACGAUUGAAGCUCCACUUGGUUCAUUCAUCACUCUAACUUUCCAUUCUUUUGUACUAGAGGACCACAAAAGCUGCGAGUAUGACUAUGUCACUAUCUACGAUGGAGAAACUCCUGCAGGUCAAGAGCUGGGCAGGUUUUGCGGUUCAGAAGUGCCCUCACAAAUCAGGACAAGGUCCAAUUAUCUAGCAGUUGUAAUGAAAUCAGAUUCUUCUGUAGAGCUUGAUGGGUUUUCAGCCAGGUUUACCACAACAAAAAUACACAGUAUUUCCACAAGCUACAUCAGCCUGCGUAAAGGUGGAAACCUCCUGGAGGGAGUGAUUGAGCUUGAAUACAAUGGCCAGCGUGGUGGAAUCUGCUCAAAAGGAUGGGAUGACAAGGCUGCAACAGUUGCAUGUCACCAGCUGGGAUUCACUGGACCGGCUUUGGCUACCAGAAUUAAAACGAAUAAUGAGUCUCCUGUGAUUAUUUCAUACGUGAAGUGUAAAGGACAUGAGAAAUCACUGGGUGAUUGUGAGAAUAGAAGAGGAUCCAAAUGUAGCACAAAAGAGAGAGCAGCUGUCCACUGCCAAGUACUUAAAUCCUGCUCUUCCCUUAAAAAUGCUGGAGUAGUUGAGUCUGGAGUAUAUCUUAUUGAUCCAGAUGGUGAAGAGUUUGGAGUGGACCCAUUCUCUGUACAUUGCGACAUGGAUUCUUAUCCUGAAGUAGGUAUAACUGUAGUUGGGCACAAUUCAGAAGAUCGACUACGCAUUUCUCCGUGUGAAGAUGCAGGCUGCUACUCAAGACAGAUUGUGUACAAGCAAGCAUCGCUACACCAGCUUCGGGUCUUGACAGAAACCUCUGAGACUUGUGAGCAAUUUGUUAAACUGGAGUGUCGUCACAUCCGCUUCCUUCGCGAAAACUGGGGCUGGUGGAUAUCCAGAGAUGGACAGAAGGUGCAAUCCUGGGGUGGCUCUUCCACAAACAGUGGGAAGUGUGGCUGUGGAGAAAGAGGUGACUGUGACCUAGGUUUAUCUACCUGCAACUGUGACGCCAAUGAUGAGGUCUGGCGGUCUGACGAAGGCUACCUGACUGACAAGUCUGUUCUGCCAGUGAGAGAAGUGAGAUUUGGUGAUACAAGGGAUGUUCCUGUAGAGAUGGCAUUUUAUAGUAUUGGGAAACUACAAUGUAAAGGAGAAAAGACCACAAUACCAGUGCUAGAAUCAUGUGCUGCACUCAAAGUGGCAGGCUUCACCAAGUCUGGGCGCUAUGUAAUUGACCCUGAUGGAGCCGGCAAAGGUGUGUCACAGUUUGAAGUUUCUUGUGACAUGAUAUCUGACCCAGUGACAGGUAUCACGCUGGUGAGCCAUGACAGUGAGACUCGCAUGCGGGUUGCACCUUGUGAAAGUCCGGGUUGCUACGGCAGAGAACUGAACUAUGAAGCCAGCCUGACCCAACUAAAUGCACUCACAAAGGUGUCGAGAUGCUGUGAGCAGUUUGUUAAGCUUGACUGUCGACACAUACGUUUCCUGCAGUCCGGCUGGGGCUGGUGGGUCUCUUGGGAUGGACACAAGAUGCUGGACUGGGGUGGAGCGGAGGUCAACAGUUCAAGCUGUGCCUGCGGAAUGACAGGCACCUGCUCAGGUCCAGGGAGGCUCUGUAACUGUGACAGCAACGAUGUCAUAUGGAGGACAGAUGAGGGCUAUCUACGCCACAAAUCAUCCCUGCCUGUCAAAGCUGUGCAUUUUGGUGACACGCAAGAUGCACCUCUUGAAAUGGCUUUUCACACUGUAGGAAAACUGACUUGCAAAGGCAGGGCUAUGAGUGACAAAUAGAGGAAUUUUCAAAGUCCAUUGACUUUCAUGUACAAAAGAAAGAAAAUGAAGAACACAGCUUCUUUAUCUUUUGGCAAAGUCUCAUAACAGCAAAUCAAGAAACCUCGAAGCCAAAGCCUGACGAGAGAAGAAAUGUGCAGAGUAGUGCGGGUUCCAGGUUGGCAUUUAUUCACAAGAGACACAGUCAUUUAUAGAACUCAGUUUUGUAGAAUUACAAUAAUUCAUUUUUAACAAGUUGUUUGGUACUAACAGCAUUGAAAAAGAUACAAACAGGUCAAGUGUCUUCAUGGAGUCGGGGUCUCAAGUUCAGUCCUGGGGUACCUCAGUGGCUGCUGGUAUUCACUCCACUCAAUUUCACAAAUCAAGAAGUCAGCCUUACUUCUAAUUGACUGAGCUGUUAAAUGAUCUAGUCCUUCUCCUCUUAUUUUGUAUUCAUUAAAUAGAUAGAUAAAAUAUAGUCUAAAAAAAUUCAAAACAAAGAAAAGCUGGACUUGGCUGUCACA